AUGGAUCAACAACUGGAAGACAUGGUGGAAAAAUUCCAGGAACGUGGCUAUCGACACAGAGAUCUAAGUAAAGCAUUAGAGGAAGCAAAGUCUGCUGAUUCAAUUAAAAGUGACGAGAAAGCCCCAAGGAUGAUUUUUUCCACUACAUUUAACAAUGCGUCCUCCAAGAUCUCCAAAAUUGUGAAGGACAAUUGGAAGAUGAUAGCGAGUGACGAUACGCUUCCGAAAAUCUUCAAAGAACCACCACUGCUCUGCUACCGCAGGAAUAAAAAUUUAAGAGAUCUUCUAGUACAUACCGACCCAUGA